AUGGCGGGUUCUUCGACUCCAGGCACUGAGGGGCCUACAUUUGCGCCCCCGAGCCUGCCAGCGGGCUGGAUCGCUCAGUGGGACGGCUCCAGCAGAAAGUACUACUACGUCCAGCUGGCUACGGGCGUCUCCCAAUGGGACAUUCCCACGGAUCCCGUUCAGACAGGCACGCCGGUUCCAGGCAGCGAGCACCCCUACGGCUCGCCGGCGCCGCAGGUCAUCACACACCCGGACGGCUCGCAGACGAUCAAGCAUGCGGAUGGACGCAUGGAGCCCAUCAUGCCAGAUGGCAGGGGUCCUGACGGCCCUGACGGUGACCGAGGACUUGGGUCAAUGGCUAUGAAUAUGCUCAUGGGUGGCAAGGGUUCUGGCGGCCACGGCAGCAGCGGCGGCUCUGGCGGCGGCAACCCCCUCGGUGGUCUGGCUGCUCAGUUCCUUGGAGGCGGUUCGCAUGGAAGCAGCGGUGGCGGCAGCGGCGGUGGUAAAGACUCUAUCGCGGGAAAGCUGGUGGGACAGCUGGCGUCGAACCUGUUCUCGCCUUCCAGCGGUGGAAAGCCUUCGCAGUCGCAGAACUACCAUGGCGGCUCAUCAGGCAGCGGCCAGCAUCAGCAGGGUGGGCAUCAGCAGGGUGGUCUGGCCGGCGUCGUGGGUGGUGGUUUGGCCUCCAUUUUUGGAGGAGAGAAGCCAGGUCACGGUAACCAGAGCUAUGGCUACUCGAAUUCCGGCUCGGGCGGAGCACCACCUGGUGGCCAAACAUACGGGCAUCAGUCAUAUGGCAGCCAGUCCUACUCGCAUAGUCCGGCGCCUGCUCCCAGCCCGUACGGCGGAUCGCACGACCAGCAUGGCGCACAGCAUGGCGCACAGCAUGGCGCACAGCAGCACGGAGCUGGCGGCUAUACCCCUCAGCAGCCAAGCUAUGGCUCUCCUUCUCACCAGCAAGGCUACGGAGCUCCCUCACCCAGUGGGCAUCAACCGAGCUAUGGCGCACCGGGAGGCCAGCAGCAGCCUGGAUAUGGCGCUCCUCAGGGAGGACAACACCAGCAAAACUACGGCCAGCAGCAGCAGUAUCCCCCGCCUCCCGGACAUCAACAAUCGUUCCCUCCGCCUCCUGGACAGCAGCAGCAGCAGCAGCACCACGGUGGACCACCCGGCGGCUACACCCCAUCGUACGGUACCCCAGGCGGCCAGCAGCCCUAUGGUCAGCAGCCCUACCAGCCAGGCCCUCCUCCUGUGCCUCAUGGUAGCCACCCAAGCCAAGGAGGAUAUGGCGGUGGCUACUAA